AACAAAUUCAGUCCCUCUCCGCGCGUCGCGGUGUAGUGUUGUGCAUUUGUAAAUUUUUAUCGCGCCGAAAGCAUUGUUUGAAAAACACGCUCAGCUGAUCUAUGACAUAACUACAUAUUUCUAUAGUGCUACAGCAAUAUCAAAUAUAGGAAUCUCAACAGUUUUUUUUCGUGAAAUACCUUCAAGGACUGUAAUCUUCUAAAAUUAAAAUUAUAGCGUCGCGGAGAAGCGACCUAACCGUGUGACUGGAUCCUGUGAAUCGAUACUUUUAAAUGAUAACAUGGAUUUAAUUAUGUGCUUUAGAAGACGAUGUGAUUAGAGUGCAACUGUGAAUUGUGUUGUAUCUUGGGUUUUAUUACAAUUUUGGCUGAAAGAGAUGCGGUUAGCAUAGCGCGAUGCUAGGCGUGUGGGUGUGGGCGUGCGCGGUGGCGGCGGCGGCGGCUCUGCAGCCUCGCUGUGAGGAGAUCACCAUUCCCAUGUGCCGUGGUAUAGGAUACAACCUCACCUCCUUCCCCAAUGGGCUCGACCACGACACGCAGGAUGAGGCCGGCCUAGAGGUGCACCAAUACUGGCCACUCGUGGAAAUUAAAUGUUCGGCCGACUUGAAGUUCUUCCUGUGUUCUGUGUACACUCCCAUAUGCUUCGAGGACUACGCCAUGCCGGUGCCGGCUUGCCGCAGCGUGUGCGAGCGCGCCCGGGCCGGCUGUGCGCCGCUCAUGCAGAAGUACGGGUUCCAGUGGCCCGAGCGAAUGGCCUGCGAGAAGUUGCCCCGGCUGGGCGAUCCCGACCAUCUCUGCAUGGAGGAGAACGAUCGCGCGCAGGAACCCGAGCCGCCGCGGCCGCCGCCUCGCCGGCCGUACAAAAACCACUGCAAGGAUCCAAAAAACUGCGAAAGCGGCCCGGCUGCAAGCCCGGGCGAGGUCGCAAGCGAGGAGUGCGCGUGCGCGUGCCGGCCGCCCCUGGUGAGCGUGCGCGCCCUGCACAACGCCAGCGCGCGCACGGCCGGCGUGCCCGGCUGCGCGCUGCCGUGUCGCGGCCCGUACUUCACUCGCGAGGAGAAGGACUUCGCGGCCGUGUGGGUGGCGCUGUGGGCCGGCCUCUGCGCCUUCUCCACCCUCAUGACGCUCACGACCUUCGUCAUUGACUCGCAGCGCUUCAAGUACCCCGAGAGACCGAUCGUCUACCUCUCCGCUUGCUACUUCAUGGUGGCGAUCGGGUACCUGGCGCGCCUGGUCGUCGGCCACGACGAGAUCGCCUGCGACGGGGCGCUGCUCAAGACCUCCUCGAACGGCCCCAGCGCUUGCACCCUCGUCUUCGUCCUCGUCUACUUCUUCGGCAUGUCGUCGUCGAUAUGGUGGGUGGUCCUUUCGUUUGCCUGGUUCCUCGCGGCCGGCCUCAAGUGGGGCAACGAAGCGAUCGCGGGCCACGCCCAAUACUACCACCUCGCCGCCUGGUUGAUCCCCGCCGCCAAGACCGUCGCCGUGCUGUUGGCCGGCGCCGUGGACGGCGACCCCGUGGCCGGGAUCUGCUACGUCGGCAACACUUCUUCGGAGAAUCUGAAACGCUACGUCCUGGCGCCGCUGAUAGUGUACUUCGCCCUCGGCGCGACCUUCCUGCUGGCCGGCUUCGUGUCCCUGUUCAGGAUACGCUCGGUGAUCAAGAGGCAGGGCGGCAUCGGCGCCGGCUCCAAGGCGGACAAGCUCGAGAAGCUGAUGAUCCGCAUCGGCGUGUUCAGCGUGCUCUACGCGGUACCGGCGGGGGUGGUCAUCGGCUGCUUCGCGUACGAGGCGGGAGGCCGCGAGGACUGGCUGCAGCGCGUCGCGUGCGGGUCGGCCUGCGGCGGCAAGCCCGUCUACUCGGCGCUCAUGCUCAAGUACUUCAUGGCGCUGGCCGUGGGCAUCACGUCGGGCGUGUGGAUCUGGUCGGGCAAGACGCUGGACUCGUGGCGCCGCGUGUGGCGCGGAGGCCGGGCACCGGCGCCCGCGCACCGCGCUCUCGUGAAGGGCGCCGUGUGACGCGAAGUGGCGGCCGGCCCGCCGCCCGCGCCGCCCCCCGCCCCGCUGCCGCCGCCGCCGCCCUCGCACCCGCUUCCGCCGCCUCACGCGCCGUCGGCCUCCGCGCGAUCCGCCCAGCCGCUCUCCGACUACGGCCCGGUGUGAGCGCUCCUCACGACGACCGACCGACUGCCGCAGUGGAUAGUCAAAUGGACUGAAGUGAUCGUUUCUCUCGAAACGAAGGGACGAAUCGUCGAGCCCCUCGAAGUGCCAUUUUCGACGUUUCUCUGCCCACGGUCAAAUUGUAAAUGUGAUAAACGCACGGCCCGUGCGCAUUUUAUAUUAUAGGGAGUGAAUGUGAGUCGCGACUUGUCUAGUCUUAGCAUAAACGGAACGCGCGACGCGGUCGACGAGCGCGUAUACGUAAUCUUCAGGUGCGACAGUCGAUUGAUUGCCGCACGAGAGGAUGUAUCCAUAUUCGACGUAAACCAACCAACCGUUCAAACUCACUCCACGUUCCGCUUAAUAUCCGCUCCUUGAGACGCCAUCAAAGGAUUCGAAACGAACUAUCGUGACAUCCUCACUCGACACGUUUAGAAAAACGGGAAAUAACUAAAAUAGUUAAACGACGGAAGCGGCUAUUAAACGGAGUCAGCGGAAUGGCGGCAUCGUAACGCGAGUUCCGCGUUGUAUCCGAAUUGCGUAGAUACCGCAAACCCACGCUCGGUCCGGCCGACUAAACAAUUUGAAGAAUCAUAGACAAAAAUACGUCCGACUACAGAGACCGCGAAGGAGUCGUCGAUGGAAACGCCGACUUCCUCUCGGCUUCUGUGGCGAGGGACGGUUUCGCGAUUCACUCGGCCGCGAACGGGACGCGGCUAAAGUGAUUCGCCAUCGUGCCGUUUCGCUCGCUCGUAUUGUGUACGUUUGUAAAGCGAGAGCGAGAGGACGAGCGUUCGAGUCGGACGCGUAUCUUUUAGAUGAAUAAGGCUAAUUUACUUUAUACCUUUUAAUUAUUGGGUAAUUGUAAUUUAAUAAUAAUUCUGAAAUAAUGCUGUAAAAUUGUACGUAAUAAUAUUGUAUCUAUGAUCGUGGUAUACGUAAUAAUUUAAAAAUUAAAUAAUUCUAUAAGAUUCAUCUCGGAUGUGUUCGUGUAGGUAUUUCUUGAAUGCGAACCGCCGCUAGAUGUCUCCCUAUUAGUUGUCGUCGUCAUCUAUUGGUCAGUAUAUGAAGCUUCCGCGUCGUCCUGCCGUCGGCGAGUAGUGACUGAACACCGCCAUCUAUCGUACAAUAGAACAAACUUCCUAUUUGCUACUUUUCUACGUAAAAACGAGUGCAAUAGUUUUGAUGUCAAU